UUACUCUGCCCCCGGGACUCUUUCAUGGGCGUCCAGGGUGCGGGUUGCUUUGGCAAUCCACGUGUGUGUUUUAAUCAGCAAGCCGGCAAGUCGGAAGGAUGGCAGAGCAGGGCUGGCGAUGGAAGGGGAGGGAGGCAAGGCUCCGCCAACCCGCCCGCUUUCAUCCAAAGUGAAUCCUGAGUGCUCCGUGCCAGCCCCCCCCCCCUCCCUCCCGUGUCCUCCGGCACCAGGAGCCAGCCUUCUUUCUUAGUGCGAUUUCACAUAGCGGUGCCUUACUUGAAAGCAUCGUAAAGAGCCGCAGAGGGUGUGAGAGCAGGUCGGAGAGGUGGGAGCCCUGGCUGCCGAUGGCUCCAGCCGCCGAAAGUGUGGAAAGCUCAUUCCAGGAAAAGUGGAAUAGUCCGUGUUGGCUGGCUUUCAGGCGGGGUCCUUGGUGAAUUUUGUCAUGGUUAUUUAAGGAACCUCGCCUAGAAGUCCCAACGCGCAGUUCCCCAUUGACGGGAAGGCUUGGACUCCAAGAUGAUUAUAAAGGAAUAUCGGAUUCCUCUGCCAAUGACCGUGGAGGAGUACCGCAUUGCCCAGCUGUACAUGAUACAGAAGAAGAGCCGUAACGAGACGUUCGGUGAAGGCAGUGGCGUGGAGAUCCUGGAGAACCGGCCAUACACGGACGGCCCUGGCGGCUCCGGGCAGUACACACACAAGGUGUACCAUGUGGGCAUGCACAUCCCCAGCUGGUUCCGCUCCAUCCUGCCCAAGGCGGCCCUGCGGGUGGUGGAGGAGUCCUGGAACGCCUACCCCUAUACCCGAACCAGGUUCACUUGCCCUUUUGUGGAGAAAUUCUCCAUUGACAUCGAAACCUUUUAUAAAACUGAUGCUGGAGAAAACCCCAAUGUGUUCAGCCUGUCUCCUGUGGAAAAGAACCAGCUGACAAUCGAUUUCAUCGACAUCGUCAAGGACCCCGUGCCCCCCAACGAGUAUAAGACGGAAGAGGACCCCAAGCUGUUCUACUCCACCAAGACUCAGCGGGGGCCCCUGUCCGAGAACUGGAUCGAGGAGUACAAGCAGCAGGUCUUCCCCAUAAUGUGCGCCUACAAGCUCUGCAAGGUGGAGUUCCGCUACUGGGGCAUGCAGUCCAAGAUCGAGAGGUUCAUCCACGACACGGGCCUGCGGAAGGUGAUGGUGAGGGCCCACCGGCAGGCCUGGUGCUGGCAGGACGAGUGGUACGGGCUGAACAUGGACAACAUCCGGGAGCUGGAGAAGGAGGCGCAGCUCAUGCUGUCCCGCAAGAUGGCCCAGUUCAAUGAGGACGACAAGGGGGCCGCGGAGCUGGCCAAGGACGAGGCCACCCAGGACCAGGCCCCCAGGGAGCCCCCCCAGCCCAGCAGCAGCGGUGGGGAGCCCCUGGUGGGCAGGGGCCUGAAGAAGCAGUGGUCCACGUCCUCCAAGUCGUCCCGGUCGUCCAAGCGGGGAGCGAGUCCUUCCCGCCACAGCAUCUCGGAGUGGAGGAUGCAGAGUAUCGCCCGGGACUCAGACGAGAGCUCGGAUGAUGAGUUCUUUGAUGCUCACGAGGACCUGUCCGAUUCAGAGGAAAUGUUCCCCAAGGACAUCACCAAGUGGAACUCCAAUGACCUCAUGGACAAAAUCGAAAGCCCUGAGCCAGAGGACACACAGGACGGUCUGUACCGCCAGAGCGCCCCCGAGUUCAGGGUGGCCUCCAGUGUGGAGCAGCUGAACAUCAUCGAGGACGAGGUCAGCCCGCCGCUGGCCGUGCCGCCCUCCAAGAUCCACGUGCUGCUGCUGCUGCUGCACGGAGGCACCAUCCUGGACACGGGCGCCGGGGACCCCGGCUCCAAGCAGGGCGACACCAACACCAUCGCCACCGUGUUCGACACCGUCAUGCGCGUGCACUACCCCAGCGCCCUGGGCCACCUGGCCAUCCGCCUGGUGCCCUGCCCGCCCAUCUGCUCCGCUGCCUUCGCCCUCGUCUCCGACCUCAGCCCCUACAGCCACGACGAAGGCUGUCUGUCCAGCAGCCAGGACCACAUCCCCCUGGCCGCCCUGCCCCUGCUGGCAACCUCCUCGCCCCACUACCAGGAGGCCGUUGCCACAGUGAUUCAGCGGGCCAACCUCGCCUACGGGGACUUCAUCAAGUCCCAGGAGGGCGUGACCUUCAACGGGCAGGUCUGCCUGAUCGGGGACUGCGUCGGGGGCAUCCUGGCGUACGAUGCCUUAUGCUGCAGCAACCAGACGGCGUCUGAGAGUCAGAGCAGCAGCCGCCGGGGCAGUGUGGCCAGUGUGCAGGACACUGACCUGCUAUCCCCGGGCACGACGGUCAAUGCGGCACACGGUGGCAACCUGGAGAGCAGCCGGCACCUGAGCCGCAGCAACAUCGACAUCCCCCGAAGCAACGGCGCUGAGGACCCCAGACAGCAGCUGCCCCGCAAGAGGAGUGACUCGUCCACCUACGAGCUGGACACCAUCCAGCAGCACCAGGCCUUUCUGUCCAGCCUCCACGCCAGCGUGCUGAGGAAUGAGCCCAGCUCCCGCCGCUCAAGCAGCUCCACUAUGCUGGACGGCGCAGGGGCCGUGGGCAAGUUCGACUUUGAGAUUGCUGACCUCUUCCUCUUCGGGUGCCCGCUGGGGCUGGUCCUGGCCUUGAGGAAGACCGUCAUCCCCUCCCUGGAUGUUUUCCAGCUGCGGCCCGCCUGCCAGCAAGUCUACAACCUGUUCCACCCCGCCGACCCGUCGGCCUCGCGCCUGGAGCCGCUGCUGGAGCGGCGAUUCCACGCCCUGCCGCCUCUCAGCAUCCCCCGCUACCAGCGCUACCCGCUGGGGGACGGCUGCUCGACGCUGCUGGUCCAGAGCGUGCAGAGAAACCCCCAGCUGGUCCUGGAGGGCGGCCCCCUGGCCCCCCUCCCUCACAGGGAUGGCUUCCUGGAGACCAGUAUCCCCGUUCCCGCACUCACCUGGCAAGACAGGCCCCGCCCCAGCCCGGGCUCUGCUGAGUCAGAUGCACUCCAGGCCCACAACGCGGUCUUCCAAGAGCACGCGGCCCCCUCCUCGCCCGGCACAGCCCCCACUGCCCGAGGUUUCCGCCGGGCCAGUGAGAUCAGCAUCGCCAGCCAGGUGUCGGGCAUGGCUGAGAGCUACACGGCGUCCAGCAUUGCCCAGAUUGCUGCGAAGUGGUGGGGUCAGAAGCGGAUCGACUACGCCCUGUACUGCCCCGACGCCCUGACGGCCUUCCCCACCGUGGCCCUGCCCCACCUCUUCCACGCCAGCUACUGGGAGUCCACGGAUGUGGUCUCCUUCCUGCUGAGACAGGUCAUGAGGCACGACAACUCCAGCAUCUUGGAACUGGACGGCAAGGAGGUCUCGGUGUUCACUCCGUCAAAGCCGAGAGAGAAGUGGCAGCGCAAGAGGACCCACGUGAAGCUGCGGAAUGUGACGGCCAAUCACCGGAUCAAUGACGCGGUCGCCAACGAGGAUGGCCCGCAGGUCCUGACAGGCCGGUUCAUGUAUGGGCCCCUGGACAUGGUCACCCUGACUGGGGAGAAGGUGGACGUGCACAUCAUGAUGCAGCCGCCCUCGGGUGAGUGGCUGUACCUGGACACGCUGGUGACCAACAGCAGCGGGCGCGUCUCCUACACCAUCCCCGAGACCCACCGCCUGGGCGUGGGUGUCUACCCCGUCAAGAUGGUGGUCAGGGGAGACCACACGUUUGCCGACAGCUACAUCACCGUGCUGCCCAAGGGCACGGAGUUCGUGGUCUUCAGCAUCGACGGCUCCUUCGCCGCCAGCGUGUCCAUCAUGGGCAGCGACCCCAAAGUGCGGGCUGGGGCCGUGGACGUGGUGCGGCACUGGCAGGACCUGGGCUACCUCAUCAUCUAUGUGACGGGCCGGCCUGACAUGCAGAAGCAGCGGGUGGUGGCAUGGCUGGCCCAGCACAACUUCCCUCACGGCGUGGUGUCCUUCUGUGACGGCCUGGUGCACGACCCGCUGAGGCACAAGGCCAACUUCCUGAAGCUGCUCAUCUCUGAGCUGCACCUGCGCGUGCACGCGGCCUACGGCUCCACCAAGGACGUGGCGGUCUACAGCUCCAUCAGCCUGUCCCCCAUGCAGAUCUACAUCGUGGGCCGGCCCACCAAGAAGCUGCAGCAGCAGUGCCAGUUCAUCACCGACGGCUACGCGGCCCACCUGGCCCAGCUCAAGUACAACCACCGGGCGCGGCCGGCCCGCAACGCGGCCACCCGCAUGGCGCUGCGCAAGGGCAGCUUCGGCCUGCCCGGCCAGGGCGACUUCCUGCGCUCCCGGAACCACCUGCUCCGCACCAUCUCGGCCCAGCCCAGCGGGCCCGGCCACCGGCACGAGCGGACGCAGAGCCAGGCGGACGGCGAGCAGCGGGGACAGCGUAGCAUGAGCGUGGCGGCCGGCUGCUGGGGCCGCGCCAUGGCCGGCCGGCCCGAGCCGGGGGCAGCUGCGGGCCCCAAGUAGGGCUCCGGGAGCAAGGCGCUGUGGUCUCCAUGGUGCUAGGCCGGGGCGGCCCGCCCUGCCAGGAGGCCUGGCCUGGGCACGGACAGUCGGCUGGGGCCCAGCUUGUCCCAGGGCCCGGCGGAGGACACGGGGCCGCGCCACACACACACGCGCCAGCCCUGCCUCACGUGUUAGGGUCUGCGGGGUUCCAGCUUGUCGUGGAAGCUGGCAGGACGACCAGCCCAAGGAUGACGGAGGGACCAGGACCCCCCCAAUGUGGACUGGCCGGGAAGGCACGCCCGGACGCUUGCCCUGCGUUGACCGCCCAGCACCCUGAUGCCAGGCCUGGGCACCUCCCAUCCACUAGCUCGCCCCGACCCCCAAGUCCCCUCCCACUUGGUAGCAGCUCCAACGGGGGACAGCCUGCUUCUUGUUAACUCGAGUUACUCAACUGCUCGACCUCACUGGCUUUGCACUGAAGUUUGAGGGUGGAGACCCAUCACCAUCUCCUAUGGCUACAGAUCCAUUGACGUGCGUGAAAAUUCAGCGUUUGCUGAUCCAGGACCCAUCGCCACACAGAAGGCUCCAGGGCAGAGAAUUCUCGUACAAGUAGGAGAGAAAGGCCAUAUGGUAAUUUCCGCAGCUCCACCUGGCCCGCCAGCCCAUGGCAGCCCUGGACCCCCAACCCCUUCUAGCUGCCCCACCGGGAGCCCCUUCCAGCCGAGGGCCUGGCGUCUUCUCAGCCCCAGGCAGAGCCCAGGCCACCCGGCCGCUGAAGCCGAGGUGGGUGGCUCCUGAGAAGCCUCGCCUCGGGCUGCGGGGCCGGGACCGGCCGGGCCUACUUCUUCCGCUCCUCGCCGGCCGUCAGCCAAGGCCCCACGCCUCGGCCCCCCCUUCCACGUUUCUACACCUUUCUACUUCUCCAAUCUGAUUUCUAUGAGGUUUUUUUUAAAUGAGCAAUCCUUGGCUGCUUCCUUUUCUUAACUCUUUCAGUACCAAACGCAGCCCCUCCACGUGAAAACGCCCAGCACUGUGACGGAGUCCAGCCUGGUUCUGGGUCCCAGGGCCCUGUCCCCUGCCCAGGCAGCGGGGCGUGGGCUCCCUGCCUCGCCUGACCCCUGUUAAUUCCACUGAAUUUCUACUCUGGGGUGAGUGGGGCACACACUUAGGUUUUUUUUUAACACCAAUUCCGUUUCGAUGCCGAAUCUAAGAAGCCACAACUCGCUUAGUUAGCUUCAGGGCAGGCAGCCACGACUUCAUUUCCCACCUGGUAAGGACCGCGCUGUCCUGCGCGCUGGGUCUGAGCAUCAGUCCUCCCUCCCCGGAACCGACCGCAGUCUCAGCUGUGGCUCAGCCCCGGGCAGCCCCUCUGCUGCUCCUCCACCUUCUCUGAGACGGGGGGGCCUGCCGGGCCCCAGCCAGCCGUCCAGCGACCAGGCUCCUUCUGUGAGAAGCUGCUGCCAACCUGGAUACGGCCUCAGGGCCUCGUGGGCUGGGACGGGGAGGCGCACUGACGGAUGUUAACAUUUUCCCGUGUGUAGAUAUGUACAGCCAAAGGGUCGUGUAAAUGUUCUGCAAAAGUGGGUCUGUACAGAGUGAAAGCUAUUUAUUUUGUGCAGAGAAAAAUGUCUGGAGGGAUGGGACCUUCAGGGUUUAUUCAUAUUUAAGAUGUAGCUUUUUGUUGUUGUUUCAGGCGUUAUGUAUAAAGCGACGAUUAUUUUAUGGACCAAGUUUUAAUGUAACUGUUGCAGUGAAAGUGCAAUAUCUAACCCCUUGCUCCCAGUGGGAAUCGCUUGGCCCGACAAUCACAGCCCCGACGAGGGGCCCCAUGGCCAGUGCCGCCUCCUGUCGGUCCCACCUCACCCCAGCUCGCCUGUCGCCUGGUGAGCAGCCAUCCGGAGGAGCACCUGGAAGAGUCUCAGCCCGCCUGCAAUAAAGGCUGGGAGGCCGCCUGGCCCCAGGAGGCCGGGUGGGCAGUGGGCUCGGCCUCUCCCAGUGGGCAGCUCCCCCACGGCUCCGAGCUCCCCGCCUGCCUGCCCAGCCGCCAGCCAUGCCAAGGACAACAGCAAUAGUCCCCGGGCCUCUCCCAGCGGCCCUCAGCCAUAGAUGGCGAGGUGGGCAGCCCAGCCUCCCCGUUGACGUCUCUCUUCUCUAUCCAGGUCUGCUUCCUGACCUCCCUGAAGAUUCCUUUCGGCACAUUAUCCUCUUAAGGAAGCACCAGUUUUUCAGAAACUAAGAGAGGGAGGACAGAGUCCUUUAAAAAUACCAAAAAUGUUUACAGCAUUGGGUGCUGAGCUGCAGGGCUCAGGCCCGACCAGUCGUAACCAAAGGGUGAAGCAGGCCUUGCUGACUGCCACCCCACCCCAGGCCUGUUAGAGUAGAAGCCUUAGUCCCACUCCCACCCCCAAGCCCCCAGGACUGAGCCUCAGCCCGCCCCCCCAGAUCCCCCCACCUGCCUUCUCUUUGAUUUCUAAAGAGGGACUCAACAGAGACCCCAUGCCCCCUUCCUAGCUCAGUCUGAGCUGCCUGCCCGCCCGCCCGCCACGUCGCAGUCUUCAUGUCUCGGCCCCCCGUCUGUCUGGACCGAAUGUGAGUGGUGUCCUGACUUGCCCCCGCCCGCCCUUGCUGUCCCUGCUCCAUCAGGCCUGAGUGUGCUCUGUGUACUGUGUCGUUGUCUGUUACACCAAUUAAAGAAGCA